CAUUGAACUCGGGUUGCGUGCGAUCCGUUCACCACUCUUUGAACACUGUGGUUCAGUGAGCAAAAAUCAAAAUACCCUCUCGGCUUAAACCAGAGGUAAAGCAAAAUUCCUUCUCCAAAUUUCCCUGCAACUCCUAAAGCCUCCUUCUUCUUUCUACAUCGUCGACGCUAGAUUUCCCUUCGCAUUCAGAAUGCCUAUCAACAGUGAAUCUACGCCGCCUCCGUUGAUCGGAAAAAUUGGACCCUACACCGUGUUCAUGACCCCGCCGGCGACGCCUUCCCCGGCCUCUCAGCCUCCACCGGUGUUUGAAUCUCCUAAGAAGGUCAUUCAGCCGCCUCCCGUUCAGCCUCCGCCUCAGCAGUACGAUAAGUCUGUGCCGAAUGGGAAUGCUUCUGUCGCUGGAUUCUUCAGAAACGCCGUCUCUAAAGUGCAGAAUGCACAUUCAAGCUUGGAUGAUCAUUUGGCUCGCUGGUUGGGGUUAAAUCAAUCCAAGUAUCAGUGGGCACUCGAUGACUAUUAUGAGAGCAAGGGAUUGGAAACUGGAGACAUUAAAGCAAAGGAACAGUUGAGCAAGGCCCAGAGCGUGUAACAGGAACUCCCCAGCUUUGGACAGUAGAGAAACUAUAUACACCUUAGCUAUGCAAUGAGUGAAGUGGAUGUGGAUCUGAUUGUUUAUAAGAAUGCUGAUGAAGAACUGGGCAGCCAUCUUGGAAUGUGAUUCCGUCUAAAAAAUCGACACAAUUUGGUCGUAUCGUUGUCUCGUGUUUGAUCUCUCCUUUGUUCUUUUGAAGCUAAACCUUUGGCUUAUGUAUUUUGAAUUACUUUUUUUGGUUAUUUGUGUCCUUAUAAUGAAGGCAAUGUUUGGCUACAUCCAUCCAAGUUAUAGGCAAAUCCUCUUAAAGGGUUUUUAUUUUUUUAUUUGUUAUGAAUGUUGUAGUUUAUAGAAAUGAUGGAGUGCCAUAAGAACAUGGCGGUGGAAUUACCUUUU